AUGGAGGUUCUGCAAGUGCAAGAAGUCAUGACGAACGAAGAAAUGACGGGAACUAUGGUUGAUUACGACUUGAACACUUAUCCACCCGCCAAAUAUCCUACGACAUGUAAAAAGAGCGGGAAGAGGAAACAUGAAAAGGCCAUGGAGAAGGAGCGCGCCAACAAGAAAAGCAAGCGGACAGCAAAGAAGAAUGAAGGUGAGGCACAAGAUAAAAUUACUGAAUGGUUGAUAUCUGUCAAAAAGAAAGUCGUAUUCAAGGAGACCGUGGAAAUAUGUUAAUCCUAAAAACAUUGAAAAAGAAGAGGACAAGACAAGCGAUAGUGGAAAGUGUGGAUGGAAGAGGUUCACCGUUUUACCUGAAAAAAAUUACGCAGACGACAGAAAUAUCUAA